CUUCCUUAUGAAUACCAAAUCAAAAAUGAUGAAGAAAUGACCAAAUUUUUAAAAUGUUUCCAUGAUAAUGGUCUUCUUUUGAAUUUUGGAGAAGCAGAAUUGAGGGAACAUGUUAUAAUAGAUAUUCAGUGGCUUGCUAAUGCUUUCAGCAAGGUAAUUGCUGAUGAAAACCAUAUCAAUAAAGAUUGUAAAAGGAAAUUAAUUAAAGAGUGGAAAUCCUUCAACAAAACGGGGGAACUUAAAGAUAAAGUGAUAAAUGCACUGUGGAAAGAUGAACCCUCUUUCUCGAAACAUAAAAAUGAAAUUAUGCCAUACAUGGAGAAACUUCAAAUGCUGGUACCUUUGAAUGUACUUGAAGCUGUAUCAGAAGGUGGCAUGUCAUGGUAUGUCCCAUGUAUGAACAAAAAGCAGUUUAAAGCUGACUUGUUUCAUAAUAAAUGGGAAUGCUCAUCCAUUUUGUGCUAUCGAUUUACUUCCUUUGCCAUGUUUGUGUUCUACAGACUGGUAGCAUACUGCAUAAGUCUUCUAAAAUGGACUGUUGCAAAAGAUGAAGACAAUGAAGGAAGUCUAUGUCUUUAUCAAACAGCAGCAGUGUUUGAUCACAAUGAACACACGGUUGUUGUUGGCAUAUGUAAUGACGAAAUUCAGUUACAAGUAUUAAGAAUCAGCCGAUUAGCUGUAGACAAAGACGUAUCGAAUGCUAUUGGAGACUCCAUUGAACAGGCCUUAGAAAAAUUGACAGAAACAUUUCUUGGGGAAAAAAAGUUCCAUAGAGGAUUUAAAUGUCAAAACAGUAUUUGUAAUGAGAAAGAUCUAUCUUUCACCCUGGCAAGUGAGCUCUCCAAAAUUAAGGCUGAAGAAACACAAUGCAAAUGUCAAAUUCAGGAGAAACACGUGAUAAAUGUACAAAGAACUCUUAGCUUCUGGGAAAAGAAAGAAGAAAACAAUACUAGCAAUCGGCAAAUAUUGGCAGACCGAUCUAGAUUUGCAAAGCUUGGAAUGGCAACAAACGAUGUGUUAAAUCAGGCAUACAGAGAUGUGCUUGAGUGGGAAAUGCACCCUUCUUUUGUUUACAACAAAGUGAAGACCUCAUCAAUUUAUAAAACUUUACGCUCAGAUCAGGAAGAUCUCUUGAAAACAGCUUCAAGCUCUGGAUAUAAGAAUUUUGAUAUUUCAUUGAUUUAUAUGUUGAUCAGAAAUGUUUGUUCAAAGAUCCCUAAGCCAACAAAAGGAAAAUGGGGAGGUAACAGUUUGCCUUCAGUAGGGGAGAUAAGGGUGGGUGAUGAUGUGGAGCGAAUCAGGAUAAUCCGAAACUCUCUGACUGCACACGUGAGCUCAGCCUCCACCCCUCAGACAGAAUUUGAUGCCACCUGGUCAGUGAUGUCGGAUAUCUGUCAAAGACUGGAAACCUUCACUGGAAAGAAAUACCUGGACGAUCUUAAUAGCAUUCAAAAACUGAAUUUAAAGGAGGAAGAUGAAGAUGCUAUUAUAGAAAAAGUUAAAAUGGAAAGUCAGUAUGAAAUGAUGAAGGCAGUAAUGUCCGAUGUAAAAGAAAUUAAAAAGAAUAUGGUGAAGCCUGAAACAAAAGAUGCUUCAAAUUAAGAUUAAGAUUACUACACGUAGAACGCAGUUAGGAAUACAUUUAUAACUCAAACUAUAUUGAAAUCACAAUCCAACAAAAAUGAUUUAUAUGGGUUUUUUUUUUUAAUUUUAUUCACAUUUACUGUUUUUUGUAAAAAUACAAGACAUUGGGUUGUUGGAAAUUAAUUUUGAGACCCUGUUAGAAAGACUUUAAUUCAUUUUGGUGUUUGGAGGACUCAACAUUCAAUACAAUUUCGAGGUCUUUUAAACAUGUUCAUUAUCAUCGUCUCUAAAAGGGCUGGAUAAUUAUUCCAAAACUGGCAGACUGAGCAGGAUUUUCAAAGCCGGGAAUGGUAACAAACGGCAUGUUAAAUCAGGCAUACCGACAUGUGCUUGAAUGGGAAAUACACCUUCCCUUCUUGAUAACAAAGUAGAGACAUCAUCAAUUUAUAAAACUUUACGCUCAGAUCAGGAAGAUCUCUUGAAAACAGCUGCAAGCUCUGGAUAUAAGAAUUUCGAUAUUUCAUUGAUCUAUAUGUUGAUCAGAAAUGUUUGUUCAAGGAUCCCUUAGGCAGUAAGCCAGCAAAAGGAAAAUGGGUAGGCAACAGUAUGCCUACAGCAGGAGAGAUAAGGGUGGAUGAUGAUGUGGAGCGAAUCAGGAUAAUCCGAAACUCUUUGACUGCACACGUGAGCUCAGCCUCCACCUCUCAGACAGAAUUCGAUGACACGUGGUUGAUGAUGUUGGAUAUCUGCACAAACUGGAAAACUUAAAUGGAAAGAAUUGCCUGGAUGUCUUUAAUUGCAUUCAAAAUCUGAGUUAAAAAGAGGAAGAUGAGGAUGUUAUUAUAGAAAAGGUUAAAAUGGAAAAUCAGUAUGAAAUGGUGAAGACAAGUAUGUCAAAUGUGCAAGACAUCGUGUUAGAAGUGCAGGAAGUAAAAGCAGCGGUAUUGAGAGCAAAAAAACUGCAAAAUAAGAGUAUUAUUCAUCGUCCUCUCUUUAGUGCAUUUGAAUAUACACCUUUAUACAUGAUCAAAAACAAUAUUGAACUCAAUUUCAAUUCACAUUUAUUUUAUUUAUAGGAUAUGGUAUUGUCAAAAUACCGAACAUCAUUUAGUUUUAUAUGCUGGAACGCUAAAGAAACGUAGCAACCUAUCUUUAGGGAUCGGAGCUUCGGGUACAGUAGAGUAUAUACUUACUAUAACUUUGUCCUUAAAAUUAAGGACAUCUUUGAUGUGGCAAAAUCAGUCAUUCAAUGGUUGAAUGAUUUUCAUUCCAUUACAGGAAAUUGAUAUUUAGCCCUCUUAACGGAAAUCAAAAAUAGCAUGGUUAAUAAAGAAUUUGACAAUAAUUUUGAUUUCGAGGGUUUGUAGCAUUGUACAUAUGUUCCGAAAAAAAAUCCUUCUUUCUUUUCUGGAUGUGAUGCCGAUGAUUCCUCCAAAUAACUGAAAGCACACAUUCCAUUGCCUAUGCUGGGAAUUCUAAACUGUUUGACCAAAAAGAAUACACUCCUGUUAUGCAAUGAUGAAAUUCAAUAACAAAUGUUGGGAAACAAACCAUUAUUUGUUUGAAAUACGAUAGAUAAUUUGACAGACACAUUUUUUGACACAAACAUUUUUCGAAAAGGAUUCAAAAUAUCAUAGAUUUUCGGAAUUAUCUAUCUCUGAAUCUUGAAAGCGAACUGUCCGAAACCAAAGCUGAAGCUUAAGAAACGCAGUGCAAGUGUCAACUUCAGAUGAAACAUGUGAUAACUGUGCAGAAGACCCUGAAUUUUUUUAAAAAGGUAAUUAUAACAUGUCAUUACAGCCAACUCAAAAAAUUAGUGUUUUUAUACCAUCAGCUUAUGCAUCUAUCUGCUUUUCUGCACAUUAAUAUCUAUAUAUUUACAUUUGCUAUGUGUUUCUACGAAGCUAAAUGUGAAAUUGAUUUGAAAGCUAUUUUCGUGUAUACUCGCACGUAGAAAUAUACACAGAGGAACGUGCGUUAAUGUGACUCACAAUAAGGCCACAGCGACGUUAGUAAAGUAUAACGAUAUAGGACAGCGAGAAAUUCAAACAUUGGGUAUGUUUUUGGUGCUUCCAAACAUGUAAAUAU